AUGGCGAACAAGCGGCAACUACGUAGCGAAGAGGAUGUAGAGACGUCAACGGCGCUAACGCCGAUGGAAGACACGCAGCUAGCCAAGCGCUCACGUGUGACAGAAAUCGUAUGUGCAGACUCUACUGUUGUCACAUCGAAGCGUGUUGAAGACCGGACGUCGGGACUCAUGGCGUCAACAAUGCUGCUCACGGGCCAUAGCGCCGCAGUAUACUCUUUAAAGUUCAGUCCGUCGGGACAGCAUUUGGCAUCGUCCUCGUUUGAUCGCAGUAUUUUGCUCUGGGAUGUGUAUGGAGAAUGUCGCAAUUACAGUGAGCUGAGAGGUCACAAGAAUGCAGUACUAGAGGUGCAAUGGACCUAUGACAGUGCACAGGUGGUAUCCGCUUCGGCUGACAAGACGCUGGGGCUUUGGGACGCUGAAAGUGGCAAUCGCAUCAAGAAGUUUAUGGGUCACUCAUCUGUAGUCAAUAGCUGCUGUCCUGUGACCAGUGGCCCUACACUCAUUGUAAGUGGCAGCGAUGACUGCACUACCAAGCUGUGGGACGUCCGAUCAAAGCGCGCUGUAAAGUCUUUCGAGAACAAGUUUGAGGUGACGGCCGUUUGCUUUACAGCUGACAAUUCUCAUGUGGUUGCUGGAGGAUUAGAUGGAGAUAUCAAGUUGUGGGAUCUCCGGAAAGACGAAGUGACCACGGUGUUGCAAGGGCAUGCGGACAUUGUGACCAGCGUAAGUCUCAGUCCAGAUGGAAGCUACUUACUGUCCAAUGCAAUGGAUUCGACGGUGAGAAAGUGGGAUGUUCGGCCUUUUGUCACAGGAGAGCGUCUGAAGAUGACAUUCAUGGGUGCCAAGCACAGCUUCGACCGCACACUCAUUCGCUGUGGCUGGUCGGCCGACAUGCAAUUCGUAGCAAGUGGGUCCGCUGACCGCUAUGUGUACAUUUGGGAUGCCGUGACGGGUAACCUACGCUACCACUUACCAGGUCACACAGGCAGUGUGAAUGAGGCUUCUUUCCACCCUACAGAGCUCAUUGUGGGCUCUUGUAGCAGUGAUAAGAACAUUUACCUAGGAGAGCUGGCGGAGAUGUAG